AUGCCUGGAAAUGACUUCAAUAAACCCCAAGUGGAGUCAGCAAAGGCACCUACCUACACAGCUGCGAAUGGAUGUCCUAUGAGACCGCCUCAAAGCAAUGCCGCCAUCGGACAGGAUGUUUUGAUGACAGAUCGCCAUAUGAUUGAGAUGUUGUCACAUUUCAACAGAGAGAAAAUUCCGGAGCGCAUCGUCCAUGCUAACGGGGCCGGUGCAUACGGAGAAUUCGAGGAAUGUCGUCUGGUGGUUCAGGUAACUGAAGAUGUUUCCGACAUUUGCAAUAUCGAUAUGCUCCUCGGCGUUGGCAAGAAAACACCCUGUGUGACCCGUUUUUCCACGACCGCUCUUGAAAAGGGAUCGGCAGAUAUGGUGAGGGAUUUCAAAGGCAUGGCUACCAAAUUUUAUACGGAACAGGGAAACUGGGACUGGGUGUGCCUGAAUUUCCCUCUAUUCUUCAUCCGAGAUCCUAUCAAGUUCCCUAGCUUGAUGCAUGCUCAGAGACGAGACCCGCGAACAAAUCGAAUGAAUCCGGACAUGUUCUGGGACUGGGUGACUUGUAAUCAUGAGUCUCUUCACAUGAUCCUCGUCCAAUUUAGUGAUUUUGGGACCAUGUUCAAUUGGCGAGGCAUGAGUGGAUAUGUAAACCACGCAUACAAGUGGGUCAUGCCAGAUGGAAGCUUCAAAUACGUUCACAUGUUCCUUUCAUCCGACACAGGCCCAACCUUUUUCGAAGGAAAUAGAGCUCCUAAUCCACGCGACCUUGACCCGGACGCCGCGACACAAGAUCUCUACGAGGCAAUCGAGCGAGGCGAAAACCCAAGCUGGACGGCCAAUAUUCAGGUCAUCGAUCCCAAGGACGCCGCGGACGUUGGGUUCAACAUUCUUGAUCCGACAAAGCAUUGGAACUUGGGAACAUAUCCAAAAGAUCUCCCUACCAUCCCUGCAAAGCCGUUUGGAAAGCUUACUCUGUUCCGAAACCCUGACAACUAUUUUGCCGAGAUUGAGCAACUAGCAUUCUCUCCAUCAAACCUCGUUCCCGGAGUCGAACCUUCGGAAGACCCACUUCUGCAGGCUCGGAUGUUCGCCUAUCCGGAUGCUCAGCGCUAUCGACUAGGCGUGAAUCAUCAAAACAUUCCAGUCAAUCGAUCCCAUAACACUCAUAACCCUCUGUUGCGAGACGGGGCGGGGACAUUUGACAAAAACCAUGGUUCGCUACCCGGAUAUAUGACAGGCGAGCCGUCUAUGGCUUUCCAAGAGUCGUCAGAGCCAGAUCCCAAAUAUAAUCAAUGGCUUGGAAAGAUUUCAUCGCGGGAAUGGGCCCAGACAAAUGAUGAUGACUACAAGUUCCCCCGGGAAUUUUUCAACAUCAUUCCCGAGCUCCGUGGUCAGGAGUUCCAGGAUCGAUUGGUAGAGAGUCUGGGAGUCUCAGUCUCGCAAACUAAGAAGGAGAUCCGUGAACGAGUAUAUGCUACCUUCCACUUAGUGCUUCCAGAGCUUGGAGAUCGUGUUCGGGAGGCAACUGAGAGAAUUUUGGCUGAGAAAGGAUCUCCUGUACAAAAACUAUAG